AUGGCGCCCUCCUACACCAUCCCCGUUACAGUGAGUCCCGGCGGCUCUAAGGGAAUUCUCAUCGUCAGCCGCGUGGAUGACCUCCGCUUACGCACGGCAACUAAAACAGUACGACUUGAUGUCCGGGAAGGUCUGAAGGUCAUAGAUUUUGUCCAUCUGCUUGUGAGAGAGAAACGGCAUCUCUACGAGUUCAACAAUGCGGGACAGGGGUGUAGAUUCUGGGUGCAUCAUCAGAUAGGUCUUUUCUGGGAUGAGGGUUUGGCAGUGAGUGGUGCGCAGGUGGAGGAGGCGAGAAGUGCCAUUCUAGUGAUGUAUCCUCAGAUGGUGGGGUAUAGUCUUGUUGUUGGAGACUAUUAUUCUUGA